CUGUCUGUACUGGACACACACACACACACACACACACACACACACACACACACACACACACACACACGCUCACUCACUCACUCAUUCACACACACACUCUUCCACACUCUACAGAGAAAGCCUAACGAUACCGAACCCCGCCCCUACCCCCUGACCUUUGACCCCUGGAGCAGAGGAAUGUUCCCCGACGACCCGUCCGUGGGGGCGCGCCCUCUCUGAGGGUGUGUGGAGGAGGAAGGGGAGGAGCCAUGGAGCCAGGGGCGGCGGCGUCUGGGGGCAGCCCCCUGCCAGUGGGUGGGCUGCGGUGCCUCUCGCUGGCCUAUCAGGGCCUGCUGGAGAUCCCCUACGAGCCCAUCCUGCAGCAGAGGGACUCUCUAGAGGUGCUGGACCUCAGCUACAACCUGCUGGACGAGAGCCCUGCUCUGCUGGGGGAGCUGGGGAGGCUGAGCACCCUCAUCCUGGACUGCAACAACUACUCUGCCCACGUCAAGUUCCCCUACAUGCCGGGCCUCAGCACUCUCUGGAUCAACAAGAACAAGAUCGGCAACCUGCCCACCAUCGUCGAGGAGAUACGCUGCAAGUUCCCCAACAUCAAGAUUCUGAGCAUGAUGAACAAUGAAGCAGCUCCCAGCUACUUUAAUGGAGGAAGUCUGCCACAGUACCUGGACUACAGGCUGUAUGUGAUCAGUCAGCUGUCCAGUCUGGAGGUCCUGGACGACACCGAGGUUCAGGAGGAGGAGCGUGCGCUAGCCAGGAGGACCUACCGCGUGCAGCGCUUACGCGAGAGCAACAAGAGAAAGAGAGACCUGCCCCACUGACUUCAUGAGCACUUACUGCUGAGGAAGACAAAACUGUCCCACUGACCAAACAAGGGCAGCAAGAGGACAGAACUGCCAUGAUCGCUGAUGACAUCCUCCCUCAUCCCUCCAGUGCACCAGCCAGUUAGUGCUAGGCCACCUGCCCCGCCUGUGUGCAAGCCAGUUAGCGCUAGGCUACCUGUCCCCCUUGUGUGCUAGCCAGUUAGCGCUAGGCUAUCUGUCCCCCCUCGGUGCAAGCCAGUUACCGCUAGGCCACCUGUCCCCCUUGUGUCCAAGUCAGUUAGCGCUAGGCCACCUGUCCCCCUUGUGUGCAAGUCAGUUAGCGCUAGGCCACCUGUCCCCCUUGUGUGCAAGCCAGUUAGCGCUAGGUUACCUGUUCCUCCAGUGUGCUAGCCAGUUAGCGCUAGGUUACCUGUUCCUCCAGUGUGCAAGCCAGUUAGAGCUAGUCUACCUGUCUUCCCAGAGUUGUCACUAGGCUACCUGCCCCACACAAUCCCUCUGUGCUGGCCAAUUAGUGCUAGGCUACCUGUUCCUUCAGUGUGCUAGCCAGUUAGCGCGAGGAUACUUGUGGCCCUUUCCAGUAGACUUGUAAAUCCGUCGCCCGAGUUGGAAAGUGUAAAUUACCCAGCUUUCUU